AUGCAACAGAAUCUGCUGAAAAUACCUUCAGCUGAAUUUCUUGAGAAUCAGGUCAAAUCCGAAUCAGAGGAGCAAAUUGCUCCUAACACUGAAUCGGUGAAAUUCAGUUUUGUUUCUGAAACCAACCUUAUUGCCUGCCAUCAAAUGAUUGAAACUGAAAGCAAGGCAAUUAAGACACGAUUGGGAUGGUAUGAAGACAGUGUUUUACAUCUGAUCAACUAUGCAACAUUUUGGUACAAGUUGAAGAGUAUACUGGCAACAACUCCCUACACGUACUUCAUUCAGCAAGUUGAAGAGGAUACAGAUCUAAAUCUCAAAUUAGGCAUUCCAGCUAACUGGUUGGGUGAUUUUAUUCAAGGAAUAAAAUCAAACUAG